GUGGUGUGGCUUCUCUCAGACCAGGUGACGAAAAGGGAACUACAGCGACGCCCUCAAUGAAAUCAUUUCCUGUGAAUAUUAGCAAUACGACGAACUGGGAGGCGUUUGUGAAGCGGCUUUAAAACGCGAUGCGAAUAUAAGAUCCGCUCAGUUGACUUCAGACACUGUGAAGCAUUACUCCUAUAAGAUUUUACGGUGAUAUAACCCCGCGACAGGGAUUGCAACGACAACACAAAAGUGAUAAGUGCUUACAGAGUGCCACAGCAAGACAAACCGUCACUACUCAUAUAUUUAGAGGGAAAAAAAUAAAGACAUCAAUCAUGCCGGGCCCCAUUCUGAGCAUGGUGGCGGAGUCGUCGGACGAGCUGGCCGUGUUCGAGUCGUGCGAGGACGUGCAGGAGGCGUGGGCCAGCAGGAACGGCAACUACGACGACGGCGACCGCUUCGAGGAGUGCUACAACCAGCGCUUCGAGGUCGAGUGCCGCACGACCUACACCAACGGCGGGACGGGGGUGGCUGAGGAGGAGGGGGAGGAGGAGGAGAGCAAGACGGAGGGCGAGGUGGUGGUGACGACGAAGGUGGUGAAGGAGCAGCUCGUCGUGCGUGAUGAGCGGGUCGUGGAGAGCAGGAAGAGAGGCCUGGCGAAGGAGGAUCCGCCAGAGGGAGUCCCCGCUUGCCUGCAGGAGGAUCUGGAGGACAUGGAGUGCGACGAGGACGAGGACGAGGUCAUGGAGGACGCGGUCGAGGCCAUCAACACGAGCGUGGUCGAGGCCAAGAUCGACCUGGACGUGAGCGGGGCCCUCACCAGGAGGAAGAUCGGCUCGCUGCAGAUGGGCCGAACCCUCUCCUACGCAGACACGGAUGACGCAGAGGAGCCGCCCACGCGCCGCCCGCGCCCCUUUGCCCACGCCCGCGACAGCAUCGAGUUUGGAUCUCCAGACCUGCGAGGCUCCAGCCUGGGCGACGAGCAGCGGUUCCCCGGCAGCGCGCGGCGCGGCGUCCGCGUGGCCCGUAACCCGUCGUAUCAGGCGGCCAUGCGAGGCCCCUCGACGCUGGCCCCCCCGCAGGUCACGCCGCCCCCCUCCCCCGGCCAGCAGACGCCCAGCAGCAGCUGCGAGGGCAGCCCCGUGCGGGGGGGCUCCCCCGUCACCGUCAGGGAGAGGUCCCCCUCCCCCUCUCUCAGCAGCAACAACAACAACGACGCGGCGAGUGACGUGUCAGGCACCAGCAAGGGGGGUGCGUUGGAGCGCGCGCCCCCCGCCCAACACGCUGCCAACAUGCCCCGCAGUGCCUCCUUCAGCGGCUCGGAAGCGCCCAUCCCCGACGCGCUAGGCAGCGGCAGUCUCUCGCAGGGGAACAGCCGCGCCGGAAGUGUCUCGCCGCUGCCGUCGCCCGUCCCCCGCAGGAACGGCGAGGAUCAGCCGUCCACGCCCAUUAGGGGCUCCGUCAUCACACGCAGCUUCCGAAAGCUAUUCAGCACGCCCACGCGCACGCCGCCCCCGCCCACAGUAACGACUACAGCGCCGCCAGAGGACUACUGGCUUGACGUGGCCGACGCGGACUCGCCGAGCCCGUCCGAAUCGCGGUCCUCGUCCCGCCUGCGCCGCAUCAGCUCCUCGCUCUCCCGCCGCCUCUCCACGCGCUCCAAGAUGAGCAACUCCUCCGCCGGCUCCAACGGCCAGUUCGCCGCCAACGGCACCGUCCAGUUCGAGGACUGCCGCCAGCUGGUCGAGUAUGAGGACCUGCUCAAGCUGUUCAUCUGCUCGGGCUGCCAGAUCACCAUGGUGCCGCCCCUCCACCAGUGCCGGAAGGGCCACCUCGUCUGCAACACCUGCCGCGCCUCGCUCAAGCAGGUGUGCCCCGUGUGCAGACAGCGCUUCGCCGAGGGCACCAACCUGAUGAUGGAACAGGUGUGCCAACUGAUCAAGUUCCCGUGCCGGUUCUCGGGCCAGGGCUGUCCGGAGUUCCACUCGCCCAAGUCCCGCCCCGACCACGAACACUUCUGCUCCUUCCGGCCGGUCCACUGCCACCACGGGCCCCAGGGAUGCACCAAGAUCCUGCGGCUCCGGGACAUGCAUCAGCACCUCGACGAGUGCGAGUACAAGGCCAAGUGAGUUCCCUGCGAGGCGGCGUCGACCAGGCGGCUCCUCCAGCGCUCCUCCUCCCCUCCUCCUCUUCCUGGCAGCGGCGACGGCCUCCCGGGACUCUUCCGCGCCCCCGUCGGCUACGUGAAGGUCUUCGGAACGCAGGGAUGAUACGGGCGGUUUUGGGCUCCGUUUUCUUUCCCUUUGGUUGUCGGUGUUUGUCCUUGAUAAGUACACGGGGGCAAAACGCUGCUGGUUUGUACUAUUCGGAUGACUCAAAAAAAAUGCUGAUUCGUGAAUGGUACUCCUGUCUAUUCACAUAAACGUCUCUACUCUGUAAUUAUUGUGAAAGAGCACUGUUUUUUCUUCUGGCCAUUGUAUUUAAAAAAAAAAAAAAAAAAAAAAGAACAAAAGUAGCAUGUUCUACUUUCAGCUGAAGGAGAAGAGCAUGGGAGAGGUGAUAAGGCAAACUUCAUUUCAUCUUGUUGUAUAUUCGAUGAUUCAUCACAUGUUAUUCUAUUGAUAAGGUCUUGUACAAUAUUACUCAUAGGGACGAGUCCGUCCCUCCCGGAAGCCUCCUCACGCACAUCGGAGCAGCGUCUAGGUCUACACAGGCGGGGCGCGGGAGUCAGUGGCUCGUCAGGCGCAGCUUCGCGGCCUCACAGCUCCGAUGCUGUGAAACUGCGUCGCUUCGUUGCUUCAUUGGCUUCCACUAGCUUUCGUGCGCUUAGGCUAGAACGAGGAGAGAAGGCGUCCCGUAUCUGAGCAAACGAGAGAGCCAGGAGAGCCAGAACUUCGAGGGCGAGAUAGCAGAGGGGGGAGGGGGGGAGUGCCAAGUCGAGUGCCAAGCGUGAGGGAUCGUCUUCCACCCGGCCUCACUUUGGCACGUGUUCGAGACUCCCUUCUGUCGCCCGUACAUCAUAAUGGGUUAGGCUUAUCUCGCUCUGCGGAGUCUUUGAGAAAGCAUUAAUAGUGUGAAGUGGCUCAGAUAAGUCCUCAAGCGCUGUGCCUCUCCGCUCGAUUUUAUUGUAUGAAAAUAUAGAAUUUUUCUUUUUUAUUCUGUCUUAUAGGAUCUAUUCGUUUGUUGCUUCUUUCUCUCUCGAUUGUUAAGACAGACUCUCCUUCUCUCUAAAGUUUCACGUUUACAUGUGCCUGUAACAGUGACGUGAGAAAAAUACAAAAUUCACAAUCUCUGUAUUGUCAGAAAUGAAAUCGGGUUAUGUUGCCAAUUAGGUAUAUUGUCAUCAGUAUUAAUGAUUUUCCAUUAACAGUAAGUUUGACUGUCAGCUCUCUGCCUGAGCGUUGGAAGUUAUUGAGUGUUUAUAACCUUGCUGUCAAAUGUAUUAAAUUGCGUCAGAGAAUGGGAAGCUGAAAUAUCAGAGGCGGGGGAAAAGACGAGACUAUUGAAAAAUGGACUUUGUUAUUUUGCUUAAGGAAUAUAUUUGUUAUAUUUUAUCUUUUAAGCCUAUAAGCUGUUUGCAAAGAAUGCAUGGCAAAAUGAAUACAAAUAUAAUUAAACACACACACACAAAACAUCCACACACACACACACACAAAGGACACGCACACGCUGCAUGUACAAUACAUGAACAUAAAACCACUUCCUUAAAAGAAAAAUCUGAAAAUGUGUCUCGCUGGUAACAGAGGAAAAAAUCGACACUAUCCUUGGUAAUAAAGACAUUUCCUUCAGUAUCAUAUCAACCAGGAACGGUGGUGUUCGAAUGCUCUCCUCUCCCGGGAAAACUUUUGCCUUUGCUUUGCCUUAAGGUAUCAUCAGCUUUGAACUACUUCUACCUAUAAAUGUAUGUUAGUCAGUUCAAAGAGAAAGGUCUGUUUGUGAUUUUAUAUUGACGUGUAUAUAUAGGUGUUAUGAUGUUCUCGAUGAAGAGUGAAUAUUUUCAAAUGUUUCGCUCGUCCGUUUCCUCAGACGAGCGGGUUCGUAUUGUGGCCUUGGCUUAGGCAGCUGUACUGUGUAGUAGUGCUACAAUAAGCGUAUGUAUAUAAGAGUAAAACAAUCAGAUUGUUUACUUUCAGGUUAAUAAAGCAACAACUAAUGGUUGUGUGACGAUUAUAUUUGAUGAUAUAUAUAUAUUAUUUUCUAUAGAUUUAGUUUUAUUAUCACAAAACUCCUUAACCCAAGAGUAUGUUAUCCUGUGUUGCGCGUCAGCACGCUCUGGCGAGGCCUUUGAAGUGUCAAGGACAAAAGAGUCAUUUUGCUGCCUCAGACACUCUUUCGAACACUGGCUAGAAAGGUUUGUCGUCACUAAAAAUUCUUAAAACACGUUUCUGUUUGGGAAUAUAAUUUAGAAGACCAUUGCUAUUGUCUGUUUUCCCAUUAUCAUUACAUGUAUUUGUGAGUUUUCGGUGAACAUCCACAUGAGAAAUUUUUCAGCGUAUUUGGAUUGGUAGAAAUUAUUAAAAAAUCAUUGUUUACAAGAGAUAUUUAAUUGAAUUUAAUAGAAAUGUAAAAUUUUAAUUAUUGUACGUUUAGAAUUAUUAGCCUUUAGGCCAAAAACUACACAAAAUCAUCAUAAAUACAUUAUCGCAGAUAUAUUUUAUAAAAAUUUAAGCUUUUUUCUUCUUUUUUUUAACAAAAAAUCUACUAUACACAUUAUAAGUAUGCGGACAUGGUCAGUCUUUUAGGAAAUGGCGUAUUGUAACUAAAAAGGAUCCGACUGUGUUUCUCAAGGAUCCAACGCGUUUCUUUAGGAUCCAGCACUGUUUCAAAGGAUUUUUUUCUCUCUCUCUUAUUGUGUAGCUGAUGUGCCUAGGGCGUGUUAUUUUACUUUUUAUAUUUUUAAUGAACAGCUAGCUAACGGAAAGCAAGCUGUCAAAUGUAAUGUAGUAAGAUUUAUUCUGCAUUCUGAUAAUUUGAUAAUCCUUUGAUUCGUCCAACGAAUGUCAGUGAGGUCGUCAUUACGGAUAAUUCGCCGUAUAAUUAUUUCCUAUAAUCUAUGAUCUGAAAAUCUUGGUCUUUAUCAAUCCAUUAUCAGAUGCAGAUUUGGAAAUAUAUCUAUAUAUAUGCACAAUAAUGUAUAGUUUACUGUUAGGUAAAUUUUUCUCAUUAUCACAUUCAGCAGAAAUUUGUCGCUGUUUAGCUCUGUAAUGACAGAAAUGUACAUUUUCUGAAUGAUGUCGGAAGUUGUUGUAUGAUAAAAACAUUCUCAUUCUCUUUUACCUCUCUCUCGUUGUCCUCUCUCUCUCCUCUCCUCUCCUCUCCUCUCCUCUCUCUCUCUCUCUCUCUCUCUCUCUCUCUCUCUCUCUCUCUCUCUCUCUCUCUUCUCUCUCUCUCUCUUCCUAAUGAUUUCUUGCAUUCUAACACUACCUUGAAGGUGUGUGAAAACAAGGAAGAAAAAAAUAUAAUUUUGCUGACCAUAUAACCAUAAUGUUAAUUUGUACAUUUCGGUACCCUUACCUCUAUCACACACUUUGGACUUUAUACCUCAUUAUUACUCAUGUAUAAAACUACCCAGCCUAGUCAUAAACAUUUCUUUUGUUUCAUGUUAUUUUUGUAGAAAUAAAUGGCCCUCUGUA